UGAAAAAACACAGGCGUUUGGGACGGGCAGCCGCUCAGAGCUCGCGAGGACCCCAUAGCGCAGGGACAGGUAGGUCCCGGGUACACCACGGUUCGUUCUCCCCUCCCGCUACUGGGCGGGUGCUCGGCUGGAGUCAGGAUGGCAGCUCGGCGCGUGCUGAAAGCAGUCUUGGUGGAUCUCAGUGGCACACUUCACAUUGAGGACUCAGCUGUGCCGGGUUCACAGGAAGCUCUUAAAAGAUUACGCAAUGCUCCAGUUGCCAUUAGAUUUGUGACCAACACAACCAAAGAGAGCAAGAGAGACCUUCUGGAGAGGCUGAAGACACUGGAAUUUGACAUUGCAGAAGAUGAGAUCUUCACAUCUCUGACUGCAGCCAGAAACCUCCUGGAGCAAAAGCAGGUCCGGCCCCUGCUCCUGGUGGACGACAAUGCUUUGCAAGAUUUCAGAGGGAUACCUACAAAUGAUCCCAAUGCUGUGGUGGUAGGACUAGCUCCUGAGCACUUUAACUAUCAGAUGAUGAAUAAAGCAUUUCGGUUGAUCCUGGAUGGUGCCCCUCUUAUAGCUAUACACAAAGCUAGAUAUUAUAAGAGGAAAGAUGGCUUAGCUCUGGGCCCUGGACCUUUUGUAACUGGACUGGAAUAUGCUACAGAUACCAAAGCAACAGUGGUGGGGAAACCAGAGACAACCUUCUUUCUAGAAGCCUUAUCGGGGACUGGCUGCAAGCCGGAGGAGACCGUUAUGAUUGGCGACGUAAGUGUAACGGCUGAGAUUGCAGGGAUGAUGUCGGUGGAGCCCAGAAUGCUGGCAUGCUAGGUAUUUUAGUAAAGACUGGUAAAUAUCGAGCAGCAGAUGAAGACAAAAUUAAUCCAGCUCCUUACCUAACCUGUGAGAGCUUCCCACAAGCAGUAGACCAUAUCCUACAGCAUCUGCUAUGAGAGAAGCAUUUAGUUUGGAGAACCUUGACUCUGUUUUGACAUUGUUGCCUCCCUCCCUCCUCACAAAAUAAAACUCAGAGCACAGUGUGUGCAUCACACCUGCAAUCAGGCAAUGAACACGUCUCGCCGCAGAGCACUGAAAGGAAAUUAUACUGAUGUACAACCCAGUGGCAAAUCAUUGGUAAAUCUCUUACUUAGCUGAAGAUGGAACACAGAAAGUGGAAAAGUAGGUCUCACAAGUAUUCAUCAGGUGGCAGGUGGAGGGAAACCAACCAGCAGAUAAAACAAUUUGCUUUCUUGUAUUAUGUAGGGAAAGGAGGGAAGUUCACACAGAGUCUUUGUUUUUGACUGUUUAGGAAGUAACUGUUUAAAAAGUCCAUCUGAAGUGUGCCAAGUUAAUUAAACUAUAAAACCCAUGAGAAAUGUGCCAAGAUAAUAAACAUCAACAAAGCAUAACAGCCAUUUUUAGCCUAAAUGAUAACAGCUUUGUUGGUUUUUGUAUGUUUGUUUUAGUUAUCAUGUGUCUUCUCUCUGCUGUGAUCUGACUAAUUUAAAUGUAGAGAUGGUACACAUUAGGAAUAUCUUACAACUUAAGAUAUUACCAUUACUAAUAGCAGUGACUGCUGAUUUCUCUCCCUCUAUUCAAACAUGUAACAAUUGUUUUUUCAAGUUUUAUGUAAAAUUCAAAAAAUCAAUAUUUUACAGAUGUUUUAAUUAGAUGCUGUUAUUAACAGGAAUGGUGCAGAAACAAAAAUCUGGUCCUUAAUGGCUUUAUAGGCCAUGAAUUUUUGAAGUUAGACUUCAGCAGGGUCCUAUUAACUCUACAGUUGCAAGAUUUUUUUUUUUUCUUGCUUUCUAAUGCUAUGCGAAAAAUCCUUCAAAACCCAUGGGACCGAUUCAGGCUUUUAAGCACUUGGAUAAUACAGCUGUAAAAUGAAAUCUCACUCUGUAGCAUGCAUUUUUCUUCCUGCAUGUGUUAAAUCCACCAAAAUGAACUAACUUUGUAAUGAUGGUAAAUGGCUUUCCUGGUCCAUUUGCAAGCUGUAAUAAUCAAGUCCUUUCCAGUUGUUUUACAGUGCUCCUGAGUGUUAAGUUAUUAGACUGUAAUUGUACAUCAUUGUAGUACUCACCUUAUUGAAAAUAUAGCUUUGUGUUAAUAAGCCACACUGCUUCUUGUUAAGAAAAAAUAGAGUGAAUAUGUAGCAGGCGCUAUCUAAAGGAAAGAAGGUUUA